AUGGAUUCCUUCCUGCAACAUUUUGGAGAGCAGGCCGAAACACAUAGAUCUGCUCUGGCAUGCAUGAUUGACCAGUUCGUCGGGAUCGCCUCAAGCCUCGGUAGCAAUGUUGCUCACUGGCUUGGACAUCCUGCUGCGCACCAAGGAGCACAACUAUACGAAGAACUUAACCGCAUCUAUAAGCGAGCCAUUGAUGCUGAAGGCCAAUGUUAUCGACUGAAGACAGACCAUCAGACUUUGGAGAAGCAGCUUGCGGAGGCUGUCAAGGAGCGGGAUGGGCUGCGAAAACUCGUCGAUAUUGCCAACUGGACAUGCGCAGCAAAGCUAUCAGACGAUGUUAUUCGAGGCCAGUGGAAGAAGCUUGACUACAACAUUCGUGUCAUGGUAAGAGCCCUGACCAAAUGCCAAAUCAAACGCCCAAAAGAUGACGUGACCAAAGCGCGGUUCGAAAGUAUCGUCACGCUUUGGUCCGAACUUCUGGGUUCUGAUGACUAUAAGGAACUUCUAAUCACCGCUUACCUCUGGGCUAUUGUUGUUGAAGAAAUCUUUUACAAUGGAAGUGAAUUUCGGGGUGGCAGUUCCAUCCAGGCCCUCAAAUGUAUACGAGAGCAUCACUUCGAUCGGCGUGAUGCAAAGGCCCCCAAAAGACAGGCAAGAAUUGAAUUGGAUAGGCUGAAACUAUUUUGCAAUAUCACUGCGGAUACGCCAGGCACUGAUUUCCUCCGGGAAAUGAAAAGCAUUUUGGAAACUGCACUCGACCUUGAUGGGAUGCUGAUGGGCUCCAUGGCCAUUUUAUCGAUCCAAUGGCUGCAAACUGGACAGUCGAAGAGUCUGCGAUACGACACAGAUUUGAUGAAUUCCGUAGCACACACCAAGGAACUGUCCCCCAAGACUGCCGUUACCUUUAUGAUCUCGCCAGUGCUUCUCAAGAUGGGGAACGCCGAUGGCUGCAACUACGACAGCGAGAUGGUUCUCUGCAAAGCCUCAGUGGUGUGUGAGUGA